AUGCAAUUAAAAUUGGAACAGGGCCCCCCACCAAUAACCAUACAUGUCCUCGAGAAUGUCCUGCUCAGGAGAUAUGGAAAUGGGACGCAGUUUGGAACCACCUACAUUGUGUCAUCAGACACAGCAUACAGGACAGUGAAGACACUGGUGAUACACGAGAAACACCUUAACACCAUCAAGGCCAGCCAGAACUAUGUUGUUCUAAAAGUUAUUACAUUGCAGGAUGGCACAGUUAAAAUUGGCCAGCAAUCAGUAGUUAUGCACACAAGGAAACCAGAGAAUUUGGUGGAUGUAGUCAUAGACAACUUCCAGAACCCACCAGUCAUUGAUGAGUUGGGUAGAAUUGGAUCUCUUAACAACAAAGAAAGAAUUUCUGUAAAGGGAGAAGUCUCCAGUGUAUCGAGCAUAAUACGCACAAAUGAAACUCAAAGGAAGAUCGUCACCCUCACUGAUGGAAAUGCUUCCAUGGAGAUUAAGUUGUGGGGGGCACUGGCUGAAACCCCAGUGCACGAGGGAUCUUCCAUUGCCAUUACAUGCCUCCAUGUUGAUGUGUAUCAGGGCAAGAGAUCUCUAAACUCCUCUGGAGGCACUGAAGUACAGAAUGUAGACAUUGAGGACACCUUUGCAGGUUUCAUUCAAGCUGCCUCUUUUGAUGAAUCCAACACGUCCAUACUGAUUGACGAUGAACUUCUCACUUGCACCAAGGACCAGCUACAAGACAUCUUUCCAGGCCAAAUCUUCACAGAAGAUAAACAUGUCCAGGGAAAGAAAAGGAGGAGUGUUAUAACAUCCAUAGAAGAAGUCCAGCUUGAAAAUGUUGUUGAUGCCCUUAUCCUGUAA